AUUUAUUAAUCAAUGUAAAUUUUAAAGAGACAAUUGAAAAAAGUUACGAUUUAUUCGUUUUUGGUUUUGAAAAAUGAAAAUUUAGAAAAGAUUUCUGUGCUCUAAAGUCUAAGAAAAUUCUAAGUACAAAACAAAAUUUGAAAUAACUUAGAGGGAAUAUUUAACAAAUAUUUUAUUGAAUGUUCUAGGAUGUGAAUGAAUAUCACUUUAUAGAUGGGACAGAUUUGGUUUAAGUUCCUUUUGAGAGAGUCGUAUUAGAAUACUGUAUCCAUAUUUUUCGUCCGAUAAUGCUCGAAACUUAGCAUUAUUGAUAAAUGAGCAACUAGAACAGCGUAGUGGAAAAUAUUAACUCGAAGAACGCGAACAAAUGUUCCUUCAUCUCCAGCCAACGCCGCCAUCCCAAACAUAAAACAACCGAAAAGUGCAUAAGUAUUCCAACUAAAAAAUGACAAACAGGCAAUAACAACAACCGAUGAAAUACUCAUUGCUUCUAAUGCUGCAUGGCCAAUAGACCUGCUUAGCACUCGGAUAAUUAUGCAUAUUAGCAUCAACAUUAAAUACAAGGUUGAAAGCAAAUAAUAAUAAUGAAGCCUCAAAAAUCCAAUACCUAUCAGCAUCAUUCCAUAAACUCUUGCUCCAUAGGACAUGUAUUGAUGAAGUUUUAUCAAAGAAGGAUUCGGGGAGUAGGCUGAAAACUUUAAUGUACCUAAGCUAGCAGCAAUUGCUGCAAUCAUUAUGCCGCAACUAGCAAAUAUACUCUGAUUAUAAACUCUCAUUGAGCUGUGAAAUAAAACAGAUGCUAAAGCUGCAUCUGACACUGCCACUGAUGACUGCCUCAUAAUUUUUCGUUUCUGCGAAGAGUUGCUUUUUGAACUUUGUCGUCUGCAAACAAGAGAGAAAAGUAUGUUUUACAAUAUCGUCUGCAAAAGGUAUAUUUUUCCUUCGAACUAAAACGUGAUAAGAGGCACCAAGAGUUUACAUUUGACAUCUUUUCUAAACGUUAUAAGUGAAGAUAAGUUAGACAAAUUUUUUAAACAUGCGAUGCGAUCAUAGCAUUUUUUUCAUAAUUGGCUCAAGACCAUAUUCAAUGAUUUUGCAUCGAUCUGAAAAUCACUCUCCUACGUUAAAUCUGACGGAAACGGAAAUUAAUAUUGUAAAAACCAGUUUUCUUAAUAAAUUGCAUCUGCUGCAUGACUGAGAAAAUAGAUUUCUCAUCCAAAGAGUUUAUAGCUGGAAUGAUAGCAUUCUCGAUAGCCUUUGUUUAUGUUUCAUCAUCUUUAUUGUUACUUCGAUUUCCAUGGAUUUUACAUAAGCGGAAGAAACACUACUUUAAGGCCAGACAUAUAAGUCAUAGAGGAGGAGCUGGAGAGCGAUUAGAAAAUACUAUGCCAGCUUUUGAAAAUGCAAUUAAUAACAAAACAGAUAUGAUUGAGUUAGAUGUUCAGCUCACUAGCGAUGGGGUAGUUGUAGUCAGCCAUGAUUCUAAUUUGGAGAGAAAAACUGGUGUAAAUGCUUAUGUCUCAGAUUUUAAAUUUGAAGAGCUUCCUCUCAUCAAAACAAGAUUGCCUCUAGAUUUCGAUAGAUCUCAUAUUACAACCUGUUCUGAGGAUGCUACACAGGAGAGGACAAUCAUUACUUUGGAGGAGGUUUUUGAAAAGUAUCCAAAUAUUCCAAUUAACAUUGAUAUUAAGACAGAUAAUGACCUUUUAAUUGAAAAAGUUAACAGUUUGAUAGUGUCAUACAAAAGGGAAAACCUUACAGUAUGGGGAAAUUUUGGAAGAAAUGUUACAAAUAAAUGCUACAAAGCCAAUCCUAACAUCGGCUUGUUAUUCUCAGCUCCAAAGGUAGCCCUUCUGACUCUAAGUUUUUAUAUAGGUUUGCUACCGUUUCUACCAAUUAAAGAAUCUUUCUUUGAAGUUAUUAUGCCAUCAAUACUUCAAGAUAGAUUUGUUGGAUAUCAAAGAGUAAUGAUUAAGAUUCUUGAUUGUCUCCUCUUAAAUCGCUAUUUUCUACGACAUUUACAAAGAAGAGGCAUACAAAUUUAUCUAUGGGUUUUAAAUGAAGAGGAACAAUUUGAAAAGGCAUUUCGAUUACCUAUAGACGGUGUUAUGACUGAUUUUCCAUCAAAAUUAACAAGUUACCUUGUGGAAAGAAAACAUUUAUUACAAAAUCAAAAUUGACAAGAACUGUCUUAAUCUAUCAUCAAAAGAGAUAUCCCAAAAUGGUAAUCCUAGGCAAAGAAAAUGAAAAUGAGUUAUUAUUUAUUUUUAACAAAUCAUAUAUCUUUUCUUCAUUAAUGGAUUGUUAAUUUAAUUGUUGUGAAAGUAAAACACCGUCUGUCUAUUCUUAACCGUCCAUCAUUUCCCUGAAAACAGGGUCUAAAGCUUUUUAUGUCCAUUUUUGCAAAGUUUGUUUAAUUCUCCAAAGUGAGUGUUACAGAAAUUCUGAUUUUGUCGUUUCAAAAGAGAUAAUACUUUUACUUUUUCUUAAGGAAAAAGUACAUUUUUGUGUUGAAAGAAUUUAUGAACCAUUUGUUUUGAAUGAUUUUAUUCAAUCAGUGAAAAUGAUUCAUAACCUUGUCCCACUUUUUGGUGUUAACAUUUCAAAUGUUUCUCGAAAAAAUUAACAAUAAAAUAAUUAAUAAAUAUCUUUAAUAUUA